AUGGAGCAUUCCGGCUAUGUCGUCGGCGACAUGAUUCCGUUCCAUGUCGACCCAUGGAUCAUCGUGGCAUCUUGGUUCGUCAGUUUCGUGGGCUCGACUGCCACCGUUGAGCUGCUUCAUCGUCGCGGCUCUGGCCAAGGCUGGCGCAACUGGUUACAGCUCGGAGCUUGUUCUAUCUCAUUCGGCGCGGUCGGUAUCUGGUGUAUGCACUUCGUCGGCAACCGUGCAAUUGAGCUGGGUGACGGCUCCAAGGAGAUUCAACUAUACUACAGCCCGGGCUUCACUGCGCUCUCUGUCUUCCUUCCCGUUAUCUUCCUUUUCCUUGGUUUCGCUGUUGCCGAGCGCUUCAAUCGAACCGCGCGUAGUCUGUACCUCUCGCUUGGCAUCACUGGCAUAUUCGCCGGUCUGGCCAUUGUGGGCAUGCACUACAUCGGAAACCUCGGAACCACCACCUACAGCUUGCAGAACGAUUAUCGGCACAUCAUCGGUGCUGCGCUCAUUGCAACAUUCUCCUGCUACGUUGCUAUCACCCUGUUCUUCCAUCAGAAGGAGCAAUGGAUCAACACCUGGGCCCGGCGCAUUCCGGUCGCUGCGAUCCUCGCCACUGCCGUCUGCGGCAUGCACUGGACGGCUGCUGCUGGUACCAAGUACAAGCUCAAGCAGUUCUACCGCGGAGAUGAGCGGUUCAGGAAUAACAACAUGAUUGUUGCAAUCUUCCUGUGUGUUGCUGCCUUGUUCGUAUGCUUCCUUCUCUUGUGGUUGACUUCCCGUCGCCGCAAGCAACUGGCGGAUCGCGCUCAGCAUGUCGUGCUCGCGUCAGCUACAUUCGAUCCAGACGGCAAGAUCCUGGUGACGCAGGAGGGCCUUCUCCCAUGCCAGAAGAUCACCAGAAAGUAUAACCAACGCUUCUUCCAGUCUUUCAACGACGAGUUCAACGUGGCCCAUCCCGUUUUCCAAUGGAUUUUCCGCGUAACACACAACUGGGAUAGCGUAGCGGAGCUUGUCGGUAUCAUGAGACAACACCUUCGCGCUGUAGGAAGCUUGAGAGACCCUUCAACCCCGGCCAGCCGCGGAAAGGGCUCGCCCCAGGAAAAAGAUGGACCACUGCCUGAAGUCGACUACUCUGUCAUCUUCCGUGAGCACUUCUGUGUUGCUGCAGCAGAGCUGGCGUCCAACAUGGGGACCAACAUCCAAAAUCUCGGUAUUCUCUGGGAAGACAUACUAAUGACUGGAACUACGGCUGCCGAGGUGAAAACAAAGACAAUUCGGCGGUCUUCCAAGUCACCGUCUGAAGAUGUCGAGGCAGCUGUAGGUCUGACGAUUCCUGCUCCUGCAUUGUUCGGACGAGGCCAAUUGAUGUUUGUUGUCCGCCAAUUACAAAAGAAAGAGGAGUGCGCGGACCUCAUCGCUAGCGGCUACAGAUGGGCAACGAUUGACCAAGUCGGUGACAUGCUUUCUCGAAGCAUGCAGGUGUCGCGCUUAGAGCUUAACAGGACGGUGGAGCGCCUUCGAAAGUACAACUCCCGCCAGGAUGGACUGGCGAACCCUGGAACUUGGCUGGCUUUCUUCGCGAUGAGGCCGGCAUUGAAACCAUCGACCGGCAGCUGGGACGUUCUGGUACCAAAGGAGGAGCCGUAUCAUCUUCCCAAGGUCAAUAUCUCGGGGGACCCGCCCCACGAUUUUAUGCUUUCAUUCUUUGCUCGUAUGGACAAUUUCUCGAUUGCCGACUGUUCACGCCUCCUGAACAGUGGUCUCAACACGCAGAAGAAGGGAAAUUUUUGGAACGACGAGCAGGCUGCAUUCGCCGAAAAAGUUCGCGAUGGAAUCAAUCAGUUACAACAACUAGUCCCAGAGCAAUUCUUCCGGUCAGCGCUUUUCUCAGCACGUCCCCUUCGAGACUACACAGUUGGCACUCCACGUCCCGGGACCAUCUUCGCUUUCUGCAUUAUUCCGGACGUACACAUAUCUUCGAUCAAGUCUGCAAACCUCAUGUACACCCCACUUAGCUUCUUCCGCUGCCGUCAACACGUUCACCGUGGUUCGCCCGAUCACGCCGUCCUUGCACACAGCAUCCACCGCGAGUUCAAUGAGAUUCGUGCCCAGCAACAGAAAGAUAACGGGCAUAAGGUCAACAAAGUCACUUCGAUUGGCUCAUCGCUCCCUCUGUCGCGCCAAAGCAGUGGCAUGCCCCGCUUUGGUAAUCGUAGUGGCCGCAGCAGUCCAGGCGGAGGGAACAAGUCAAAGUCGGGCGGCUUAAAGUCGUGGUUGGGAGGCAUGUCCGGGGCGAACUCACGAAGGGACAGCGGGCUCCAGCCUGACAGCGCGUCUGAGCGCGAGCUGGUCUCAAUGGACGACAUGCUCAAGCGCGUUUCUGCUGAGACCUGCGAGCGCGAUCGCCACCGCAACCACAGCCUCAGUGUCCCCUCUGGUAAUCAUGGCGGCGGUCUCGGCGGCAUUAUGGUUAGCCAGGACAUUCGCAUCGACGACGGCGGGAAAGAAGAUUCAGUUAUGGAGCUGACAGAGCUGGGAAUCCGGUCCGAGGCUGGCCAGGGAGGCAAGGAGGAGGAGACAUUCGCGGAUGAGCUGUACGAAAUUACGAGCGCCCGGUGGAGGCGCCCGUAG